UGCAUUUGUAUUUGGUAAACAUUGUUUAAAUUAGAACCCUCACCCAAAUACAAGUCAAGACGUGUCGUUUUGGAGCCGGACAUAGCUAACCCAAAGCUCAUCCUCUCAACUCUCAAGUCUCAACUCUGAAACUGCCAUAUUCACUUAUCCCAAGUUAGGAUGAAACCUUGGCUUUCAACUAAUUUGCAGCAUGCUUCAUUGAUUUCCUGCUAUAAUGGGAAUGUUUUGAGUAUUACGGAGCUCAACAACUUACCCUCUUCAUGCAUCAAAUAUUUGAGGACGAGUAGAUGUUCGUCAUCUUGGAAGCCGCAAAAAAUCAUUUCAGCCAAGCUAAGAUAUAGAAUUAAUAAUGGAAUGCAAGUGUCUAAUUAUAGCCGUGCAGCAUCCUCCAGUGGAAGAGGUUCUCUCUCUUUAUUGCAAACAUGUAAGGCGACAAGUGAUGAUUCGGGGAGAGCUGUAAGUGGUGAAAGCAUAUUAUUGAACGAGCAGAGCUUGGAACGAGAGUUAGAAAUUGCUAUUGAGCAAGAAAACUACGCUGAAGCUGCUAGGGUACGAGACAGGAUACAACUUCUUCACAAGGACAGUGAGGCAUCUGUACUUGCUGUAAAUGCUCGGUUUUACAAUGCGUUCAGGAUAGGAGAUCUAGCCUCGAUGCAAACCCUUUGGGCAAAAGGGGAUGCCGUGUGCUGCGUUCAUCCUGGUGCAAGUGGGAUAUCUGGUUACGAUCUUGUUAUGCGAAGCUGGGAAUAUGUGUGGGUAGACUAUGAAUUUCCUUUGGAAAUCGAGCUGAGAGAUGUACAGGUGCAUGUGAAAGGAGAUGUUGGAUAUGUAACUUGUGUUGAAUUGGUUAAAACUAAAGGCAGCAGCUGGGGAAGACAAUUUGCCACUAAUGUUUUCGAAAGAGUUGAUGGUCAUUGGCUUAUGUGUGUUCAUCAUGCCUCUCCUGUUGACUUGUGAUUUUAAUCAUGUACAUUGUAUUCAAUUUAGUUAGUUCCUUGUACACAGUUCUAUCUUUUGUAACAGCGAAUAAAAACCAAGUAUGCAAUGUUUUUCUUGCU